AUGGAAAGAGGCCUCUUCCAACGGAAGCAUCGCCGCCGAAAGGCGGCCAAGCCGCCGCCGCCCCGCCUCCGCAGAGCACUCAAGAAGCUCCUCAAGAAACCAGAAUUUGACGAAAAUACAAGACCUAAUUCGUUAUGCAAUCUCUUUACUAGUACAUAUUUUGGUUGCUUCGUGCGCCCGUGGUUCUUUUUCCUACGGACGCCAAUUCAUAUAUUUAUUUAUUCAAUUUUAUAUCUAAACGAAGGAAGCGUGAAGAAGCACUACAGAGGAGUCCGGCAACGGCCGUGGGGGAAAUGGGCGGCCGAGAUCCGCGACCCGAAGAAGGCGGCUCGGGUUUGGCUCGGGACCUUCGACACAGCUGAGGAUGCUGCACUCGCAUACGAUGAAGCUGCGCUUCGGUUCAAGGGCGCCAAGGCCAAGCUCAACUUCCCCGAACGAGUCCAAGCCAACACCUACCUAACCACCGCCGCCGGCGCCGGCUCCUCCGCCGCCGAUCCAUUGCUCCACAACACCUUUCCCGGCCUUCAGCAGUAUGCCCAGCUACUCUCCAGCAAUGACGCCGAGUUUCCUUAUGCCACUUCAGCUCUUUACGGUUACUCCGCCGCCGCUGAUUCCAGCAGCUUGAUGCCGCCGCCGCCGCCGCAGCAGCAAGAUUUUCAGGCGAGUUUUGACGGCGGUUUUCCUAGUUCGGAUUUUAUCGAUUAUGCCAAGUACUAUGAUGAUCCUAGUAAUCCAAAUUGCUGAUUAAUUAAUUAGUUUGAUGUUAUGUAUUGAUGAGGAGAAAUUGCAGUUUGAUUUAGUAGUUUUGGAUUUCUCCAUGAUUGAUUAGAAUAAGAAGCAAAGGUUAAUCAAUUGUAAUGACUUGUCAUGGAUUUGAUCAUUUCAUCAAUAUAUCCUUGCUUCUUUCUACUCAA